AUGGACUCUGUGAAGCUGGUGAUUUGGAAAGUACAGUUUGCACCUCUGGAACCAGGCCAUGGCCCCUGAACUCAAACCAUCUGCAACUUUCUUCUGUCAGCUCAGCCCCUACAAUUUCAGGCCUUGAUGGAGAGCGAGGUUCACUACCAUGGCCAACCCAUCUCUGUCAAUGUUUCUAUCAACAACUCCAUCAGCAAGAUCAUAAAAAAAAUCAAGAUUUCAGUUGACCAGAUCACAGAUGUUUUCCUGUAUUCACUAGGAAAGUACACCAAGACAGUAUUCAUUCAGGAGUUCACAUGAACAAUAGAUGCUAACUCCAGCUUCUUCAAGAGCUUUGCAGUAACCCCACUCCUGGCUGCCAACUGCUAGAAACGAGGCUUGGCACUGGAUGGCAAACUCAAGCAUGGUGAUACCAAUCUGGCCUCUAGCAUGAUUCUUAGACCUGGAAUUAACAAGGAGCUUCUGGGGAUCCUGGUGUCCUACAAAGUCAGAGUCAAUCUGAUGCUGUCCAGUGGAGGCAUUAUAGGCAACCUGACAGCCAGUGAUGGUGAUGUGGAGCUGCCCCUGAUCCUGAUGCAUCCAAAGCCAUCUCAUGUCGCCUCUGCUGCUUCUGCAUGCUCUGAGAACAUAGUCAUCCAGGAGUUUACCCGGCAGGAGCCCAGCAGUGGCUGCAUCAAGGAGAGCCAGAAGGCUUUGGCCCUGGAGCGGGACAAGGGGAGUUGA